CCCUGCUGAAGCUCUCUUGCACCCCUCCUACUUCUAGAACCUCAUAAUCCCAAACCUUUCCCAUGAGUAUUUUAAGGUCUUAUCCAUAAAACGGAAAGUGGUAAAGCGAAGUUGAAGUGGACAUCGUCUUCGUGGCGUAAAUAACAUUUUUAUUGAUGUUUUUUUCUUCUUCUUUGGCCCGGUGUUCCCAGUAAACCAGGAAAAUUGCUUGGUGUAGCUGUAUCGGAGAGAAGGCUCGGGAGGAGGUGAAACUGCGAGAUAUGAUGACCGAGAAAGACGCAGUGACAGAGAAGAUAAUAACAGAUGCAAUGGCUAAUCCUUCUCCAGCAAAGAGCAUGGGUGAUCCUGGAAUCACCCCUCUGUCUCCUUCACAUACUCAGCAGAAUGACACAGACCAGGUACCGUCAGGGCCCUCCUUUAUGGUGGUAGUUGCCAUUGACUUUGGCACCACAUCAAGCGGUUAUGCUUAUGCCUUCGCUAAGGAGCCAGAGUGCAUUCACACUAUGAGGCGUUGGGAGGGUGGAGACCCUGGCGUGUCCAAUCAGAAGACACCGACCACCAUCCUUCUGACCCCAGACAGGAAGUUCCAUAGUUUUGGCUAUGCAGCUCGUGACUUCUACCAUGACCUGGACCCCAGCGAAUCUAAGCACUGGCUUUACCUGGAAAAAUUCAAAAUGAAGCUCCACACCACUGCAAAUCUGUCCAUUGACACCGACCUUCAUGCAGCUAAUGGGAAACGUGUCAAAGCUCUGGACAUCUUUGCCUAUGCUUUGGCUUUCUUUAAGGAACAAGCACUAAAGGAGCUGAGUGAUCAGACAGGGGGUGAGUUUGACAACAAUGAUGUGAGAUGGGUGAUCACAGUUCCUGCCAUCUGGAAAAUGCCUGCAAAGCAGUUCAUGAGGGAAGCUGCCUAUAAGUCUGGUUUGGUACCCCGUGAAAACCCUGAGCAGCUGAUCAUUGCCUUAGAACCUGAAGCAGCAUCAAUCUAUUGCCGCAAGCUCCGCCUCCACCAAAUGGUGGACCUGGGCACACAAACCACACAGAACGGCUUCAGCCCCACUGACAAUGUGGGGAGUGGAAUGAGCCAAGUGUCACCAGCUAAGGAGCAUGUUCGGCGCAACCGGCAGAGCCGCACCUUUUUGGUGGAAAAUGUCAUAGGGGAGCUUUGGUCGGAGCUGGAAGAAGGUGACCGUUAUGUGGUGGUAGACUGUGGUGGAGGAACAGUUGACCUGACUGUCCAUCAGAUCCGUCUUCCAGAGGGACAUCUAAAAGAGCUCUACAAGGCCUCAGGUGGUCCCUAUGGCUCCAUUGGGAUUGACUAUGAAUUUGAGAAGCUGCUGUGUAAGAUCUUUGGCCAGGAUUUUAUCGACCAAUUUAAGAUAAAGAGGCCGGCUGCCUGGGUGGAUCUGAUGAUUGCAUUUGAGUCUCGAAAGAGAGCUGCAGCCCCUGACAGAACCAACCCUCUCAAUAUUAACCUACCCUUCUCCUUCAUCGACUACUACAAGAAGUUCAGGGGCCACAGUGUGGAGCACGCCCUGCGCAAAAGCAAUGUGGACUUUGUUAAAUGGUCAUCUCAAGGGAUGCUGCGGAUGAGCCCAGAUGCUAUGAAUUCCCUCUUUAAGCCCACCAUAGACCACAUUAUCCAACAUCUCACCGAGCUCUUUGAUAAGCCAGAAGUCAGCGACAUUAAGUUCCUGUUUUUAGUGGGAGGUUUUGCUGAGUCUCCCUUGUUGCAGCAAGCUGUCCAGAACAUGCUUCAGGGCCGCAGCCGCAUCAUCAUUCCCCAUGACGUUGGCCUAACUAUCCUGAAAGGUGCAGUUCUGUUUGGCCUAGACCCCAGUGUGAUUAAAGUUCGCCGCUCACCGCUCACAUAUGGGGUCGGCGUCCUCAAUCGCUUUGUGGAAGGCAAGCACCCGCCAGAGAAGCUUCUAGUGAAAGAUGGCACACGCUGGUGUACGGAUGUCUUCGACACCUUCAUAGCUGUGGACCAGUCUGUGGCGCUUGGUGAGAUGGUCAAGAGGAGCUACACCCCAGCUAAACCUUCCCAGCAGGUUAUCGUCAUCCAUGUCUACUGCUCUGAGAAGGAGAGUGUGGGGUUCAUCAGUGAGCCUGGUGUCAGGAAGUGUGGGACACUUCGCUUAGAUGUGAGUGGAACGGAAAGUACAGCAGCGCGCCGUGAGAUCCAGACGCUCAUGCAGUUUGGUGACACAGAGAUCCGAGCCAUGGCAGUAGAUGUUUCCACCGGACGCACUGUCAAAGCUAGCAUAGACUUCCUAAGCCAUUAAGUAGAUCAUGAGAGAAUUAAUGCUUCAGAAUUGUUGGAAGCUAUCAAAAUGGAAGCAUACAGCUUACACAUAUACACAAACACAUACACACAUACACAAACACUUGUAGGCGUAUGCACUGGAAAGGUUCAGUCACUCAAGAGUGGGAGAUAGACUGAAUGAACGUGUUCAACCUUAAACCAAGUGUAAAUUCAACUGUAGGACCCACAUAACAUCAAGGUAAGGAGGGAAGCAGUUCUGAAGAGCUCAGUGUGUUUUAGGUCUGUCACUUCACCCCAUCUAUUAGUUUGAUCCAUUUCGUUGAUAAGUAGCUUUCUAGUGGUCAGACCCUCCAGACAAACCCAUGCACUCCAUGGUGAGGCUACAGCUUUGUCGGGUCAAGUUUAAAAGCUCCUGACAGGAGAGAUGAAGUUUAUUCAUGCUUGAUAUUAUUUACCCAUAUCUAUGUUAGGACAGCUUUUUAGAUCUUGUAUCUGUGCAUUCAAGGGGGAGAGGCAGUCAAAGCCAUAAAUGAUAAAUGGACUGCUUCUUAUAUAGCGCUUUUCUACUCCACUUUGAGCACUCAAAGCACUCUAUACAACAUGCCUCAUUCACCCAUUCAUACAAGCGCUUCCUUCUACAGCUAACUGCUUUCUAUCUAACAUUCACACACAUUCAUACUCUAACGGUUGCAUCAGAGAGCAACUUGGGGUUCAGUAUCUUGCCCAGGCACGCCAACUGGGGUAGCCAGGAAUCGAAACAUCAACCUUUCAGUUAGUAGGUGAGCUGCUCUACCUCCUGAGCUACAGCCAGUAUUCCAUUGCAACUGAGAAUUCAUCUUUGCAUGCUUUGUUUUCCUUAGCAGCAGAUUACUGGACAACAUCUAUUAUGGUGAGGUAUGUUGUGUCUGGUUGCUUCACUACAGAAUGUGAUAAAGGUGAAAAAGGUCAUAAUUACAUGCUCAGAAGAAAAAGAUAAUUAUAUCUCAAUACUGAUAAUGUUCUCAAUGUUCUACUUAAAUACAGCUUCAUUACAGUACGGAGGGCUAUGCCAGUAGUUUUGCAUGAUUCUAGGACAGGAUUAGGUUGAUGUCAGCCUUAAUGUCAAAAUGUUAAAUUUUCAAUAUAUAUGGCCAAUUUGACAACUGGACAUUUGCAGAGUUACCAUCCAUUCCCAUCCUGUUCACACAAGCCUAAAAGUACCUGCAUUACUGUGUAAAAUUGUUCUGCUAUGAAGAAUAUAAUGUAAAGAGUUAACUGUGGCAUUUUUGGCUAGCCACUAGCAGUAAAACAAGCUUGACAUGUUUUCACACAGAACAACAUUAAUUUGAAAUUGUGUUGAAUGCAGCUCAUUUGCUAGUAUUCUAAUUGUCCCCUAAUGGGAGAUUAGUUACAAUUAAUCUCUGGCUCGCUUCCACGGCGUCCCUCCCCCCACACCCAAACGGUCACAGCAGAUGGUUGCCCCUCCCUGAGCCUGAUUCUGCUAGAAGUGUCUUCCUGUUAAAAGGGAGCUUUUCCUUCCCGCUGUUGCCAAGCGCUUGCUCAUAGGGGGCAUCUGAUCGUUGGGGUUUUCUCUGUGUUGUUGUAGGGUUUUUACCUUACAGUAUAAAGCACCUUGAGGUGAUUGUCGUUUUGAUUUGGUGCUAUAUGAAUUGACUUGAAUUGAAUAGUUGGGCAGGUAGUUUAUAUGUUUAGAUUUUAUUUAGCUUUUUGACUGAAAACAGCUUUCUUUGUUACUAUAGUCUAUGAACAUGAUGAAUUUUACAUGCCACAUAGGCACUUGAUAAACUGUAAUUUAAUAUUGUUUAUGAGUGUUACAUAAGAGAUAAUAUUUGUGCUUAGCUUAUUCAUAGCAAUUUACCAGCAGCUUGUUUAGCUUUGCAUAGCCUUGUGCAUGCGGGGCUUGGCACACUCAUAGUAAUCAUUGUACUAACUGUAGAAAUAUGAGUUUUUACUACUUGAGGUUGCUGACUUUUAAAGUUGUGUUUUACUUUCAACUUUUGUUGCUCUUCCUCAUCACUGGUUGCUCCAUUGUCUACCACUGGAGUGGAAAGCAUCCGCUACCAGGGAAAACAAAAGUGCUAUCCUCUUCAUGUUUUGGUUGUAUAAUCAAGUCUUUAUACCCAGUACUACACAGAAUUACAUAAUAAAAGUGUAUUGCCACUUUAGCCAGUAGACUAAAUCAUGCAAAAGUACCAGCUUGGUCCUUUGAUGUUCCAGUGUUAGGGUUUCAGUGAUUCCAGGAAUGUGAAAUGUGCUGAAAGCUUAACGAGAGAGUAACCAUCAAAUGUGCUUAAUUGUUGCCUUUAUUAGUUUUUGCUUCUGAUUAUCAGCUGUGGACAGAAUGUAACCUGCCCACCUGACCUCUUUCACUUUAGUUGCAAUUAUGAGGUGCACCAGGCCAGUUGAGACAAACAGUAGUGUGUUUAUUUCUGUAAAUACAGUAUUUAAAUAUUGUACAGAUUUUUAGCAUUGUAUCAGCAGCUUCAGAGCCAAGAGUGCAUAUAUAUAUAUAUAUAUAUAUAUGUGCGUGUGUGUGUGUGCACAUGAGCGAGAGCUUGUUUUCACAUGGACAUCUCUCAACAUUUUUUUCUCACCAGCCAUGACAUGAGAAGCAGCUUUGCUGUGUUCUUUCAAAGAUAGGAUGUGUUACUCUUAUUUAGCAGUCACUAAGGAAACUUGAAUACCUCCGUCCUUAAAAAGUAUUUCACCCUGUAGUGUCAAAUGGUUGCAGAAUCUGAAUGUGUAUCAUCUCAUUGUCCAUCAAUUUAAAAUAUUAAUCCUAAUAAUUUACAUUUCUGCUAAUUUCCGUGCCUCAAGGCCUUGAGGCAGAAAUUGAUGGGCCGUUAUUAAAGACUGAGGUACAGUCAGCAAUAAUUAUACAGGUAAAAAUCCCCAGAUUAUUAUAAAAGAUUUAAAGUCUUAAUCAUAAGAGUGCCUGAAUAACUGUGAUGUCAAGAUUCUGUGACCCACUUAAUACAUACAGUGCAUACCUUCACCCUCUUAGCUCUUGAUAUUACCAGUGUGACCUUAUAUAUAAUCACUGAGCAUCAUACUGAUUCAUCAAAGGUCACAUCAAAACUUUGAACUCAUUCUGACAUCCUUGUGGGAAAAACUAAACUAAAGGGGCACUGCAAAGUUAGACAGGCUGCUGGGGUCACUGGGACAUCAGUCUGCCCUAACAACGUAGUAACACCAAUUAUCAGACAUCAAUCUUGCUUUUCAUUUGACUAAGCAGGGUUAGAUGGACUGUUGAAAGAACUAAUCACUGAAUCGUGGGAUUGGGCAACAACCCCCACAGAUAUGAGUCAUUUUGUGCCCUAGAGUUGAAGGUCUUAAUUAUUAGCCAUUUUAAAUCCAUUUCCUUUGAUCUUUUGUUUAAACUGUGAAUUAAGGCUUCUCUGGCUUUUCAGUGUCAAUGUACAAAGCUGCACAAGCUUCAGUGCCCUCUGCUGUCUUCAGCACUCUUCCUGCAAUGCACGUUUCGCAUGUCACAUAGGAAUGACUACAACAAGAAGUUUGCUAUUACUAAUACACAAAAUCAUGUGUAUUGUUCUCUCUUUGAGCUCAUAGCGACCAUAACAGAGCAAGACUUCACAAACAUUAGUGAUAACUAAACUAAUAAUCUUUCAUUUUAUUUAACACACCUCUGUGCUCACAAAGGAUAAAUGUCUAAUAACACCAUGUUUGUCUUUUUUAAAAUUAGAUCAUUGCUAUGUAUUUUGUGCAACUUUGAGUAUUAUGUGAUGCACAGGGUACUGUUAUGUAGCAGCUUUAUACCUAAAGCUAUGGCAGAAUUAUUUAAAGACAUCUUUAGCUGACUUUUUAGCUGACUCUAUUGUCGGUGUGUGAAGUAGCAUUUUCAGUCGGUGAGCCUGAAAUCAGGUGAUUCAGUGGAUGUAAUUUGAGGUAGCAGUCUCACCAGCUUGCAUCAUGUACAAGCAUCUGCUUAAAACUAUCUAGAAUAUACAAGAAUGCAGAAGAGUUUGCAGCUAAAAUCACGGAGCUUCUAGUUAGAUCAGCUCAGCCACUCUGGAAUGCAAAACAAUGUAAACAUUAUUGUUUUAGCCCUUUGUUGUUGACGCAAAGACAUUUUCUCUUUAUUAUUCUUUAUUGUUUUGUCUCUUGCAGUUUUUCAUGAAGUUAUUGGGUGUAUUUUGCCAGGUAUUCACUGUCACCAAUAAAAUAUAUGUUUAUUUCAAA